UCCAGUGAAUAAAUUCUGUUUAUGAAAUUGAAGCGUUUAUUGUAACGUGUAGUGUAAUGAUGAGCAACCACGAACAUGAAUGAGCACAGUUGGAGAUGGGAUCGAGAAUAUGUCAAGUGUUAUUGUGGCUGUUUCUCGCAUGGCCGGAAAUUUCUUCGGACGCUGACUCCGCUCUAGAACUUGGCUCGGUAGACCCUGAGUUCUCCCAUGAGGACCGCUGGAUCUUUAGACACAAGAAGUCAGAUGACAUAGACAGACCAUGUCUCUCUGUCCAUCCGAACGCGCGAGAUAUCGGCAAAAGGUUUUACGCCAUAUUACCCUAUUUUGACAAAGAACACGCGAACACCGCAUUUCUUCACAAGUUUCGUGGAACUGUAAACCAGAUGGCUCAAGGAGAAGACAUGUUGGAUCGCGAAGCAGCAUUCUACGCCGCUGUCCUCACUCCUGUCAUAUUCCUACAGCAUUACAGAGAUACCUGGUGUUUAUUAGAAAGGUUUCAUCGGGCACUGCGUUUGUACCAAAUUUCACAUCCAACUGACAAGAGAUCUUCUUUGAAAUUGCUGCAGAAUCUCAGAGCUGUUAAUCAAAAGAUUCGGUCAUUUGUGCUGAAUUUGCCGGGCGUAGUUCCUGUGACUCGUACUACCACGACCCUGGACCCUGAUGAUGAAGAGAUUCAUGACAAGAAGGACAUUCGUUAUCUCAAGGAACUCGUUAAGAAUCUUGGUUGA